AAUUAUGAAUUUCCACAAGGAAGUGCUGAUAAUAAGGAUGGUGCAUUUAUUGGUGACUUUAAUUCAAACUCAAAAAAUGAAACUAUGGACUUUUUUAAUGAUGGAGUAGGAAGUACAUCUAAUGAUCCAAAUAAUAAUAUUAAUAAAUUGAAUAAGGGUAAUAUUAAUGAAGUAGCUAUUCAAUAUAUAAAAUUUUUAUGUGAAAAUAAUAUUUCAUUUGAUAUUAAUAAAAUAAUUGAUUAUUUAUUAAGUAAAAAGAAAUUACAAGAAGCUACAUCCAUUUUAUUAGAUUAUUUAAAAGAAAAUAAACCAGAACAUAAAAAUUUACAAACAAAAUUAUUUGAAUUUAAUUUAUAUAAUAAUGUACAAGUAGCAGAAACCUUAUUUCAAAUGGAUAUAUUUACACAUUAUGAUAAAAAUAAAAUAGCAUAUUUAUGUGAAGAAAAAGGAUUAUAUCAAAGAGCUCUAGAAAAUUAUACCAAUAUAAAUGAUAUUAAAAGGGUUAUAACGAAAUCGACUUGUUUCCAAAAAGGAGGUAAUGACAACAGCAACAAUAAUAAUAAUAGUAUUAGGAGUAGUAUGGGUGAUAUACAUUUUGAUAUAAAUAAUAUGAAUAACAUGAAUAAUUUAAAUAAAGAAAAAUAUCCAUUGAAUGGAUUAAAAAUUAUUUUUCUACAUUAA